UCAUUAGCAGACCGGACUCACUUCACCGCAAUUAAAUUAGAGCAAUUAGAGAAAGCGGUGGAAAAAGUCCCAACAGUGAGGAUUUGUCUGCGACUGGCUGAUCUCUUGAUGCCUCCAAAUAAACCGCACACGAGAGUGAGCAGAUAUCUGUGCUCUUAUUCCAGUCAUGACAUUAAGCUUUUCGUCCUUUUCUAUCAAAGACAUCCUCACCGGAGGUGAUGCCCGAGAGAAGCCCGGUUCCACUGGGACAGAGGAACUCUGCGCACUGAGGAGCAACAUGUGCGCUGGUGAUGGUGGAGCAGGAGUCCCUGAUUUGUGUCAAGACGUGGAGCAGGAGAGACUUUCUACUGAUGUCAGUGCGUCCGGAAACUUCGGAUAUGAGACAGAGAAGGCCACAGGAGAGGAGACGGAGCGCAGAGAAGACCAGCAUCCACGGUGCAAAAACGGAGAUAAACGGCAGGAGAACCAACUGGAGGCAGAGGAGGAAGGAGACAUCCACAGCGGGGGGUCGUUCAGCUGCUCACCCGGGGAGCAGCGCUGCAGAGCCGGGGUGAAGAAGCGCUCCAGGGCGGCCUUCUCUCACGCACAGGUCCACGAGCUGGAGCGUCGCUUCAGCGCUCAGCGGUACCUUUCAGGCCCCGAGCGGGCCGACCUGGCAGGAGCCCUGAAACUCACAGAGACCCAGGUGAAGAUCUGGUUCCAGAACCGGAGAUACAAAACCAAACGGCGCCAGAUGGUGGCCGAGCUGGCGGCGUGCAGCCCGCCGAAGAAAGUGGCAGUAAAAGUGCUGGUGAGGGACGAUCAGACGCAGCAUCACCGGACCGAAGUGCGCAUCCCCAUGAGUGUGCCUCUGUACCAGGGCUACCAGUACCACCCCUACCUGCACUACUACUACCAGCCCUGGAGCCCGGACUGCAUGUCCUGUGGAGGGAUGCUCUGAAGCUCUCUGGACACUCAAAGGUAUCUGAUUUCUGGGAGGUUUCUGUGCAUCUGAAGGGACAUUUUUUUCGAACUGAAAAUCCUUCCUUGAUUCACUUUUGCAUGAUUCUGAAAAUAUUUUGAGUUUGGUUGUCGUUUCUCUUUUAACUAGAAGUGAGGUUAACAUUUUUCUUCUUUUAACAACAACACAGUAUCAGACAAUAAGUGUAGAAAUUCUGCAAGUUGUUAGAAUCAAGGGAAAUAAAUAAAACUUUUUCAACGUU